AUGUCCGGCGACACUCUUCCCGGAGCCGCCGCCACCUCCUCAACCAUCCCUUCCGACAGCAUGGCAUCCGUGCCGCCGUCAUCGGUACCGGCGUCUGAUGCGACUGUCAAGACGGUACCAACAUCUUCUGCUGUCGGAGUGGUGCCGCAAGUAAAGAAAGCAUCCGAGGCUCUUCCACCAGCUGCAGAGUCCGAGCUCCCUGUAGAUGGGCCUUUGCCCGAAUGCACCGCCGAGACCUUUCCUGCCGCUCCCAUAAAGACACCACCAACAGCCUCAAACACAGCCUUGCCCUUGCCCAUCGGCUACGAGGCACUCCCACAGCCGCAAGCACCCCCCGUCGCACCGCCGACAUAUGAGUCGGAAGAAAUCAUCGUCUCUGCGAUCGAUCCUACGGACGUGAACGAUGGGCAAAGCGUCACUGCCGCACACUCGCCCCCGAUCAUGACAUCGGCACUGGCCGGUGUCCCAGUCAACCUCCCAGAGGCCGCAACAGGAGCCACACCAACGCUUGCGGCGGCACCGACAAUAGCAACAGCCUCACACACCACCCCACUGACCUUACACCCGAUACGGAGCAGCAGUGCCAGUGGUCCGCCCCUCGGCUCGUUGAAUCCUAAGCACACGAAGUUGCCGGCUAAGGCAGUGCCGAGCGAGAAGCCCGUCGAGGCGGCCGAUGUCGACGACAGUCCGUCGUCGGCGACGCCACCGUUGACGCUGCUGGAGCUGCCAAACGACAUUCUGCGGUUGAUUGUCAAGGAGAUCACGCACACGAAUGAUUUAACGUCCCUGGCCCUGACCAACUCGACUCUGUACAACCUGGCCGUCCCACACAUCUACUCCCGCUUCGACAUUGUCUGGCCAGACCCUUCUGCACCCGUGUCCGAAGGCAAGAGCGUCGACGCCUUGACUUACGGCCUGUCCACUCUUUGUCUGGGCAGCGCGUUCGCUCGUACCGCUAACCGUUUGCGACGAGGCCGGCCCAACAGCACGGGCACCAAGUCGGCCACCAAGCCUGGCAGCGGCAUCUUUAGCCACUACACCAAGUUCGGCAGCCCUGACUAUGCCAAGUUCACGCGCAAGUUCUCGCUUGGUAAUGGGCCACGCGACUGGGUCGCCGAGUACAUGAUCACCAAGGAGAGCGGCAAGAUGCUCGGCACACUGGUGGCCAUGAGUGUUGCCAAGAUGCGGAACCUCGAGAAUUUUGUCUGGGAUAUGCCUACCGGCGUCGUCUCCGACGUCUUCAUGGCCCUCGCCUCGCUGCCCGACUACGACCCGGAACAGGAGACCUGCAAGCUCGACCGGCUCUGGAUCCGUUGGCACAACAACUCGCUGACCACGCCCCCCGCGUCGCGUUCCACAAGCCCCAGCAUCGCCCCCGCGCCGGCGCCUCCGCAGCUCUUUGUGCCUCAGGGCAGCAACGUGACGCCCACUGGCAUUCUCCUGCCGCCUCACGGCGGCCACCCGCCGCCGCCGCCUGCCAUUCCGUACUCGCUGAGUCCCGUCGAGUUCCCCACCUUCAGCGUCGUACCGCCGCUGCGCAGCCUGACCGUCCUCGACAUUGACGAGCUGGCCUACCUCGACGAGCUAGCCGUGCUGAUUGAGCGCUCACACAGCCGCCUGACCGAGCUGCGCAUCGGCAUUGCAGCCCACGCCAUCGGCAAGGACUUUGUGCAGACCUGGGACGGUGUCAGCCUCCAGCAGGUCGACAUGGACGCUAGCUGGCCCGGUGAGAGCACCAUUGGUGAGCGUCGCCUCGGCGGUGUCCUGGGCGUUCUGGUGGGACGCAUCUAUGACAUUCGCCGGAAGCCGGCACCGGAGCCGGCACCGGGGAGUAGCGUUACAGUAGAAUUAAUACCGGCGGCAGCGGCGGCAGAAGCAACUACGUCGACAGCUGCCUCUGCAGGACACGAGACGAACGGAACGGCGUCCACUGUCGAUGACGGUGAGACGACUCCAGUGGCAUCCACGUCCACACAGAGCGACCUCGCAUCUGCUAGCCCGCAACCAACACCCAGCUCAUCCUCGUUGUCUUCGUCCGCUGCCGCCGCACCCCCUCCGCAUAACCCCCACUCGCCACCACCCAACGACCCCCCUACCCUCGAGGGCGUCGAUGUGCCGCUCUCCCGCGCCAACCGCGACCAUGACCGCGAUCAUGAUCACGACGAUGACGCGGACGAUGUCGAUGAACCCCAUCGACUCGACAAGAAACUAAAGCUUACGACGCUCGAGUUGGAACGUGUGCCGCUGUCGAUGCAGGUGCUCGUGCGCGCCGUCGACUGGUCCACACUCACCACGCUCACCAUCCUCAACUGCCCGCAGCACGACUCGCUCUGGCGGCAGCUUAAGAAGCACUUCCGCCCCACGGCGUCGUACAGCGGGCACGGUUUCGGCAUCGCGGCGCCUUCCAAUCCGUCGUUGUCCUCCCCCUCCGCGGCGCCGCUGCGCUACCACAUGGCCCUCAAGAGCAUCCACACCGACAUCGUGUCCAAGUCGUUGCUUUACUUUAUCCGGGACACGCUCGCCCCCAACUCGCUCGAGGUGCUGUUCCUCCAGAACCGCCGUCACUCCGACGCCUCGAACCAGAUCACCAUCCAUGACAUUUUCAAGAGCGCCAUCAAACCCCACCGCCAGAGCCUUCGGAAACUCCUGAUUGACGGCAGCCUCCGUACCGAGGCCGACCACCUCGAGGGCUCCCGCCGGCGCCGCAUCUGGGUGUUGCCCCACGACAUCCUGUUGUACCUCAGCAGUGGCCGCAUGAUCAACCUGCGCGAGCUAGCCGUGACCAUGAGCUACGCGAGCUGGCACACCUUCUUGCAGCGUCUGCCGCAGCUGCCGAAGCUGCGCUCCCUUCACGUCCAGCACAUUGUCGACCACCUUGUCGAUCCGCUGCAACCCUACGAUCUGGCCAUGCAGAUUGCCGACAUUGUCACUCUGCGGCCCGACGUGCAGCUGUGCUUUGUUGGCAUUGGUGCCAAGUGCUACGAGGUGGUCGAGCUGCACGGCUCGGAGCGCGACCAGGCCGACGGGGACGGGAGCACUGCUGGCGGCGCCGUUGCCGGCGCCGGCACCGGCAGUGGCAAUGGCAACGGCAACAGUAUCGACGGGUCCAUCCACGACGGCUCCGACACGUCGUCGACGUCGUCGGAUGAUGACGACGACGAUGUCGACGACAGCGACGACAGUGCCGACGACGAGGAUGUUGCCGAGGACGACGACGACGACGACGAUGACGACGACGCGCCACCCAAUGCCUUUGCCGGCCCGCCGGGCGUGGCCAUCCACGACAGCGAUGACGCCGACAAUCUGAGCGACAGUGGCGACUCGGACGACUCGUUCUUGCAGGACGGCGACGCGGCCCUGCCGCGCCCGCCCCGGCUGCAGAUGCGCGAGAUUUUCUUUUACGACGACAAGGUGGCCAUUUUCAAGGCGCGGCAUGGACGGCUGUAG